AUGACAGAUACACCACCUCCACGCCCAAUAUCUUCCACUCUAUUGCUCGCCUUGGUCCCGAUAGCCUCUUGGUUCAUCGUUCGCCCGUUUCUGGACCCUAUACCUUCUUUGCCAGCUCUAUACACAUCGAUAGGUUUUUCAAUAUUUACCUUCAUGGCUACGUUAUAUUUGGUACCAGCUCUGGGCCCUACUUUCGUUAAGGCGCAUCUGAGCGGAAGGGAUUUGCUUAAGGUGUAUGCAACACAAAUACCAGAAAGCUUAGGGCUCGUUUGCGCAUCUGUAUACAUUCUUGCUUUGAUCCUCUUCAUUCCAUUUGCAUUUUCCGAUUCUUUGACCAUCAGGUCGACGCGAACACCUGAAGGAAUAUUUGUGUCCGAAUUUCCGCACUCAAGACUGUCUGUUUAUCUUUCUUCGCUCCUUUCUCUCCUCAUUGCAACCAUCCUUGGUUUUCUCGAUGAUGUCUUUGACAUACGAUGGCGACACAAAUUGCCCAUUCCAAUCAUCGCGUCUAUCCCACUUCUUAUGGUCUACUAUGCCGAACGAGGAAACACCCACAUUGUCGUUCCGUUGCCCUUGAGAUUCCUCCUCGGAUCACUGCUUAACCUAGGACCGUUGUAUUAUCUUUAUAUGUCAUUACUGUCCACGUUCGCUACAAACAGCAUAAAUAUCCUUGCUGGCAUCAAUGGCUCAGAAGUUAGCCAGGCACUCAUCAUUGCGAUAUCAGUCAUCUUGAAUGACUUAUUAUACCUUCCUUGGCCAAUUGGCUUCCAUCUACCCGUCCACCUUCUGGGGAGUACUGCAGAGGUUGAAUUCGGCGGCGUUUGGAGUGCGGGGAUGGCAUAUGGAAGCAAGGAACUCGUUGAAAGACAUCUGUUCAGCUUGUACUUCAUGCUACCGCUUGUCGCGGUUUGUUCUGGAUUUAUGUAUCAUAACUGGUACCCAGCUCGUGUUUUUCCUGGGGAUACGCUUUGUUAUGUCACUGGAAUGGCAUUUGCAGUUGUGGGCAUACAAGCACACUUUUCGAAAACGUUGCUGCUGUUCUUCUUGCCGCAGAUAUUUAAUUUUGUCCUUUCGUGCCCGCAAUUGUUCGGAUUAGUCCCAUGUCCUCGACAUCGUGUUCCAAGAAUUGACGCAGAUACAAAUUUGCUCCAUCCGUCCAAAGCGAUAUUCAUGAAACCUCCCUCGAAAUUGACAGCAACUGUAUUGCGGAUCCUAUCAAUCUUCAAACUGGUUGUUUUGACUGUGCAUCCUUCUGGCGUAAUACUGGAAACAACUAACCUAACGAUCUUGAACUUUUUCCUUGUCCGACUGGGUCCGAUGAACGAAAAGCGAUUGGUUCAAGUCUUAAUGUGUUGUCAGAUUGGUGGAAGCGUCCUGGCGUUCUCCGUGCGAUAUGGACUCGCAGGAUUAGUCUAUGAUGGCGACAGAAGAUGA